AAUGAGUAUAAUAGUAGUGUCGACAUAAAAUACUUAGAAGGAAAUCCCAGAAAAAGGAACUAACUUUGGAGAUCUAAUUGACGAAUUCGAGCCCUCUGGAAAAUUUGUGGACUAUUAGUUUGCAUACAAUGGAAUUAUAGUACAAAAUAUUUCAAAAGGAACAAAACUAGCAGCUAUAUGUUAAGGCAAAGGAGGACGCAUAGAGAUCUAAGUAUUAUUCAAAUAUAUAAAAGAGAAAAUAAUCAAACUAACAGUUUUCAAAAAUUUAAUCAAAUAAUCCACAACCAAAUUAGCCAUCACUUUUUACUUAGCAAACAUAUUAAUAAAUUACUCCUUCAAUUAAUCAAUAAGAUUAAACAAGCAGUUCAAUUCAAAAAGGUGAAUAAUCUGCUAGUGUUUGGGAUACUGUAUAACAACCUAAUCUGUAGAAUCCUCAAUAGAUAGAUAGUAUUUUUAUGAAACUUCCUGCUCAACUACCUGCUAGUCAAAAUUCAUUUACUCCCAUACCUGCUAAUGUUUCUGCUACUCCUGGUCCCUUUGUUCCAUCAGCUGUUCCUACUCCUCCUGGUCCCUUCGUUCCAUCAGCUGUUCCUACUCCUCCUGGUUCUUUCGUUCCAUCAGCUGUUCCUCCUCCUGCUACUUUCGUUCCAUCAGCUGUUACUACUCCUCCUGGUCCUUUCGUUCCAUCAGCUGUUCCUACUAAAGCUCCACCUUUUUCUUAAAUUUAACAAACAGCUCAAACAAAUAUCAUAUCCCCCCCAAUACCUAAAUUUGCUUAAUCUCCAGUCAUGAGUCAAACAAUUUAGUAACCAUAAACAUAAACUCUAAGAAAAACAGUAAUAUAUAAGGAUUAAAUUAAUGACGAGUACAAUAUUAUUUAUACUUAGAUAAAAAAUUAUAAAUGAUUAUAAAAUCAAGAUCACAGAAAAAGGAAAUAGAGUGGAACUAGAAAGUGAGAAAUAUGAUUUGAAGGUUGUAUUUUUAGAAGAAAAUGCCAAUGAAGUAAUUUAAAUAAAUAAAUAAUAGAAAAUAUAAUCAGAAAUAAAAAAAUAAUUAACUAAAGAUGCAUAUCCAUAAGAUAUAAAACUUUUGGUUAAAUGUCUAGUAGGGGAAUAAAAUUAGUCAACAAAAGUUAUUUUUAAGAAAAAUUUUGAUGGGUUGGCAAUUUAAUGGGCAACUGGCUUAAUUACAUUGUUUGAUUUUAAAUUGGAAUAUUGAAA